AUGCCGCGCGAGCCGGGGAACAAAGCCUCGCGGCCGCGCAACCCACUCCGCGUACCACGGCCGAUGCGUCCGUCCGAGCCGGGAAACAACGUCCCACGUCCGGCCGAGAAACCAUCGGCCAAAUCUUCAUCCGUCCGACCACGCCGGCCGACCGUGAAAUCAUCCGGCCACGACCGUUCCGAUCGCUACCAAGACCCGACUGUCCGGCCGAUCGUCCCGACCGACCGUCCGAACGCCGCGGUCGACCCGAAGCCGUUUUUGAAGCCCAAUCCGCACAAUUCAAGCCCAAAGCCGGCGCCGACCUAG